AUGGGGGAAAAACUCAUAGAUCUAUUAGGCACCGACGACUGCGAAUCUGCUCUGCCCGUGUCUCUAUCAGAGACACAGUUGGAGCAGUCGCCACCCAGCUCCGUUAAGGCCGUAUUCUGGAUAGUAGUCAACACGCUGGCAACAGUUGGAAUUGUCUUUGUCAACAAAGCCAUCUUCUCGGAUCCAUCAUGGAAGCUCUGCCAACUUGCCUUCGCCUGUUUCCACUUUAUGGCAACGUGGCUGGCUUUGUUCGUCCUCUCCAGGCCUCGGUUCGCCUUCUUCGUUCCAAGGCACGCGCCGUUUCGGAAGUUAGUGCCGCUCGCCAUGGCCAUGUGCCUAAACGUGGUCCUCCCGAACCUCUCCCUGGCGUUUUCCUCUGUUACCUUCUAUCAAGUUGCGCGCAUCCUGCUCACGCCCGUCGUCGCCAUACUAAAUUUCGUGCUCUACCGAGCGACGCUGCCAAGGAUGGCCAUCAUCUCCCUGAUCCCGGUCUGUAUAGGCGUGGGCGUGGUCUCCUACUACGACUCCCUACCGGCAAGCGAUGCAACUGUGAAGACGACCUCUUCGUUGGGCAUCGUCUUCGCCUUCUCCGGCAUCUUUGCCUCGUCCCUCUAUACCAUCUGGGUCGGUAACUAUCAUACCGAACUUAAGAUGAGUAGCAUGCAGCUACUCUAUAACCAAGCACCAAUCGCGUCCUUGCUACUCGUUUAUGCUAUCCCAUUUUGCGACACCCUUCCGCAAUGGACCGCAGUGCCUCUGUCAAGGUGGCUGAUGAUUCUUCUCUCUGGCGUGUUCGCGUUGUUGAUAAACAUAUCCCAAUUCUUCAUCGUGGCUCAGGCGGGCGCCGUGUCCAGCACCGUCGUUGGGCAUCUCAAGACGUGCACUAUCGUGGUCCUUGGCUGGAUAGUGUCCGGACGCGCCAUCGGCGACAAGUCGAUUAUUGGAAUCAUCUUGGCUAUAUCCGGCAUUGUAGCGUAA